UCCUUGCGGCAGGAAGAUGCCCGGGGAGGUGCCGGUGCCGGCGCCCCGGGGGCUGCGGAGCCUCGCGGUGCUGCUGCUGCUGCUGCUGCUGCUCAGCGCCCGCCCCGCGCCGGCUCAGCGCUGGCGCAACGAGAACUAUGAGAGGCCCGUGGACCUGGAGGGCUCUGGGGAUGAUGACCCUUUUGGGGAGGAUGAACUGGAUGAUGUCUACUCGGGCUCUGGCUCGGGGUAUUUCGAGCAGGAAUCAGGGCUGGAGACAGCAGUGAGCCUCACCACGGACACGUCUGUCACGCUCCCCACCACGGCAGCCACCCUGCCCAUCACCUCAGUGCAGCCUGUGGCAACCCCUUUUGAACCAUUCCCUGCUGAGGACACCACCCCCGAGCAGACAACCAGCAUCUUGUAUAUCCCCAGGGUGACAGAGGCGCCAGUGAUCCCCACUUGGAAAGCAACCACCACCACUACCACUGUCAGUGACUCCCCUACCACCAUGACCACCACCACGACCACCACCACGACCACCACCACGGCCACCACCACUGCAGCCACCACUACCACCAGCACCACCACGGUCACUGCCAAGCCCACAACAACCCGGAGGUUCCUGCCCCCUUUUGUCACCAAGGCAGCCACGACCCGGGCCACCACCCUGGAGACACCUACCACCUCCAUCCUUGAAACCAGCACACCAACAGAGGUGGCCACCUCACCCCUUGUCCCCACCAGCACGGCCAAGCCCCGGUCCCUGCCAAAACCAACCACCUCCAGGACUGCAGACCUCACAGAAAAAAGCCCUGCCUUGCCAGCCACUCCUGCCACGCUGCCACCCACAGAAGCCCCCCAGAUGGAGCCAGGGGAGGUGACGACAGGCCUUGACAAUGAGCUGGAGAUCCCGGUCAGCAGCGGCCCCAGUGGGGACUUUGAGAUCCGGGAGGAGGAAGAGACGACUGGUCCCGAGCUGGGGAACGAGGUGAUGGUCGUGGUGACGCCGCCGCCGCGGCCCGGGCUGGGCAGGAACCCCGAGUCGGGGCUGAUCGACAACACGAUAGACUCGGGGAACUCGGCCGCUCAGCUCCCCCAGAAAAACAUUCUGGAGAGGAAAGAAGUGUUGAUAGCCGUGAUCGUGGGCGGUGUGGUGGGAGCCCUGUUUGCUGCCUUCCUGGUCAUGCUGCUCAUCUACAGGAUGAAGAAGAAGGACGAGGGCAGUUACACGCUGGAGGAGCCCAAGCAAGCCAACGUGACCUACCAGAAGCCCGACAAGCAGGAGGAGUUUUAUGCGUAGAAGGAGAACCCAGCGUGCCUCGCGCUCCCUCCCCUCUCCAAACUCUCCCUCCUCCUCUGCUCCAUCCAGUCUCUCUCUUUCUCUCUCUCUCUUUCUCACUCUCUUCUUUUUGUUUCUUUUGGAUCAGACUGCGAAUUUACAAAAGCAAAACCCACAACAGCUAAAGGAGAAAACCCACGUCUUUAGCAGGAUGAAGAGCAUGGCAGAGUUCCACCUGAGAACCACUGGCCUUGCUGCAGUGGGAGGGACAGGGCGAGGAGCCCAGGUGGGGCUGCCCACAGCAGCUGGAGGUCACUGGGCUUUUCCCACCAACACAGCAGACUCUGAGAUCUGGACACCUUCUACCAGCUCUGGGGCACAGGGGUGGUUGAUUUGGAUUUAUCUUCCUUUUUCUUCCC